AUAAAUAUAUGAAAAGCAUCUCAAUAUUCCAUUGUUACUUUCAUUUCAAACUUAACAAACCAAAAAAUAGCAACGAUUUUCCACGAUGAGAGACAUGAAAGACGCUGGUGCCUUGGGAGCCAAGACAGCACGAGCCUGCGAUAGCUGCAUAAGCAGAAGAGCAAGGUGGUUCUGUGCGGCCGAUGAUGCUUUUCUCUGCCAUGGCUGCGACACUUUGGUUCAUUCCGCCAACCAGUUAGCUAGCAGGCACGAAAGGGUUCGGCUUCAAACUGCAUCCUCUAAGGUAACCACCGCCACCACCACCACGACGCACGCAUGGCACAGUGGGUUCACACGCAAGGCAAGAACCCCACGUCACAACAACAACAAACACUUUGCACUGCAACAACGUCUCAAAGAAGAAGUUCUCUUCAACAACAGCAGUGUUCUUCCGCUGGUUCCGGAGCUGGGAGGGGAAGAACAAGAACCUGUGGUUGCGGAUAAUGAGGAGACGGAGGAACAGAUGCUAUGUCGCGUGCCCGUGUUCGACAAUUACGAUGUGAGAACGGAUGACUUGGACAGUUUUUCCGACAUGGAUUUCGCGGAGUUUGCUGCUGAUGUUGAAAACCUACUUGAUAAAGAAGACGAUGAGGUAAGUGCGCGUGUGGGAGGGGGAGUUGAGGGUGCAAUGGCGAAGGUUAAGGAUGAAGAGGAUGUUGAUGGUGAUGUAGCGUGUUACCUGGAGUCAGUUUUUGACAUGACGAACGAUGAUGUCUUUCAUUGGAAUAGCAUUGAGUCUGUGCUGUCAGAUGCACGGGAAGAGAAGGAGUGUGUGGUGGCGAGUGAUGGUGCUGUUGGUGAAGAAGGAGGAACAAAGAGAGACAUAUUUUUGAGACUAAACUACGAUGAGGUUAUAACUGCAUGGUCUAGCCAAGGUUCUUCUCCAUGGACAACUUCAAACCCACCUAAGUUCAACUCUGGCUAUGACUUCUGCUUGGGUCUGAGUGGUGUAGAUGGGGAAAUAAGAGGCUUAAGGGGUGACCUAGAUGGAGGAAGAGAGGCAAGAGUGUCGAGGUACAGAGAGAAGAGAAGGACUCGUUUGUUUGCAAAGAAAAUUAGAUAUGAAGUGAGAAAGUUGAACGCAGAGAAAAGGCCCAGAAUGAAAGGUCGUUUUGUGAAGAGAACGUGCUUUGUUGGGGCCAAUGCUUUUCCUGCUUACCAAUGACAUCUAUCAGUUAACGCAUCCAUCUUUGCUAUUUCUGCAAAUUUGGAUCAAUACUUGGUUUGGCUAUAUAUAUAUAUGUACGUAUAUAUAGCCUGUAUUAUAUAUAUUAUAUCAAUACAUGGGCAGUGUUAAUUUUACUAGACUUUUUUGCUUGGGAUAUUUCUCUUUAUAUAUAUCUCCAGCAGGUUUAGUAAUUAAUUAGUACUAAUUAAUGAUC